UCUGAAGUAAAGAAAAAAAUACAUAAAUAUUUAUUAAUUUAUUAUGAUUCUAUUCUUAUUAGUUUUUCAACUUUUUGUUUUUAUUUAAUAUUUAUAAAAAUAAGUUGAAACUGAUUCAUUUAAUAAAUUGUUUUUAGCACAAAAGUGAAAUGAAGUGUAAUAUUUGUGAAGUUAACAAAUCCAAAUAUAAAUGUCCAAAAUGCAGAAACGUCAAGUAUUUUUAGAAUUUGGGUUAAAUCACUUGCUCAUCUUAAAAAAUUUCAUGUUCAGUUGUUCAGUUGCAUGUUACCAAAAUCAUCUAUCAGGUGAUUGUACCAUAAGCAAUCAAGAUGCAUCAGUUGAAAUGGUGAAAAAUGAACAACUGUAUCCAACUGAAGACACAAUCCCAUCAGAAAAAUUAAAUUUACUUUGUUAUGAUAAUCGUCUAAGAGAAUUAGUUUCUGAUUCUUAUUUACAAAAAUUAUUGGAAAAAAUAGACAAUAGUACUAGUCCCAAUGAAGAAUUGGAAAAAGCUAUGAUUGAACCUAUAUUUGAAGAAUUUGCUAGAAGAUGUUUGGAAAUUGUAAAGGAUGAAAAUGCAAAUUGAAGUAUAAUCAAUAAAUCAUUGGAAAAUUAUAAAAACUUUACAAUGUUAAUAGAUUUAAAAACAUCAUAUUGUUUCCUUAAUUUAUGAUUUUUAUCAAAAGGAAAAAGUUGACUGAAAACUGUAAUUAUAUUAAUAAUAUAAGAUAGUAUUCUUGAAUGUAAUAA